CGCAUUUAUUUCAACAUCAACAAAGCUACAUACAAAUGUAUUUAAUAACAACCACAACACUAUCCUAUGUCAACCGCAUAACUAUCUCGCGGCUGAUCUUUAUACAGAGUGCAUCCCGGAAGCGCUAUCCACAUUUCUCUUGCAUAGCUUCAAUAACCACCUUUCAAAACAUUUAAAACCAGUGUAUAAAUUGCUAAACAAUUAAUUGAUGCUUCACCUACAUCAGAGAGUUUUAGCAUGCAGAGUUCUCUCUCUGAGAGUCAGUAGCCCAUUUACAAAUGAAGUGUCGGACAAAGUGACGUAUCAAACUGACCAGUACUGUUACUGAGUACGUGAACAGCGAGUUACAUGUGAAAAUGGGAUGAUAUUCCACGCAUUAUCUAUACAUGUGUUAAUGAUACAAUUGAUGAGACCAUAAAUAACAAAUACCCACGCUUAAUAAGUCGAUAAUGGCAGCCUACCGCAUUACGUCCCUUUGACGCGACUCUAACACCACCACACUUGUGACAAAAGUUGCAGACGCGCGUAAGGUAGUUCCGGUGUAACCAAGGUCCGGCGUCUAACGUCGUGAGGGUGUUGACAUCUAGUGUGUAUCAAUCAAUACGUGCCGUUUUGAUAACAUAUGAUGACAUAAGACCAUCAUAAUGCGGAAUUGUCAUUCGAUAACAAAGAUUUUAGGAUGAACGAGCAGAUAACAUGGACGAUCGAAAGGACGAUAAAGAUUCUAUCAUUGUUAAGGGAGGGAAAAGAUACUGUUUACUGUGCUCCAACUAUGCAGGUAAAAUUUGUGAUGAUGGUACAACAGUAAAACUGCACUGCAUUCCAUCAGGUGACGGUGCCGAUCAAACAACAAGGAGAUCAUUGUGGAUUCAAAAAAUCAAACUUGUGCGACCAGAUGCUCCAAUUAGCUCCAACUCUAGACUCUGCAAUUUCCAUUUUGAAAACAAUAUAUGCAAACAGGGAUCUAUUCCAUCCAAAUUGAAUCUGACCACACCAAGGAAAAUAGUGUUACCCCGCAGACCUUUAGUGCGCUAUUCUGAAUUUGAGAACACUGAAAACAUUCCCUGUAGGGAUACAUGUAUAUCUUCUACUAUUGGUUCUUUGUCUUUAAAGGAAAGUUCUGAAACACAGACUGACCCUAUAGUUGGGGAUUCCGUAUAUGUCCAGACAUCAGAUGUGCAUGUAAGAGAUGAUGCUACACAGACACAAUUAAAUAAGGCCAAAUGUAUGAAAUCAUCUGCAUCUCAGACAUUUGUUCCUAUUUUCAAACCAGAGGUAAUUGAAAACGAUGAUGAGAAGACAAAAUAUUAUACUGGUUAUCCAAAUUAUGCAACAUUUUUACUGUUUUUUACUACUUUCUGCAAGCAUGGUGCAGAAAAGUUGACUUACUGGGAAGGGGAAAAAAGAACUCAACUACAUGCAGAAGACAGAAAGUAUUCCCACCCAAAUAUUGAGAAACCUGGGAAGAAAAGGAGCCUACGAACAAUCGAUGAGUUCUUCAUGGUGUGUUUGAAGUUGAGGCAUGGUCUUCGGCAAGAAUUCCUUGCAGAUUUAUUUAGUGUGUCUGUUAUGACAGUUUCUCGAAUCAUUAAUACAUGGAUAAAUUUUAUGUUUGAUCACAUGCAGUCCCUUAUCCCAUGGCCAUCAAGAGAACAAAUUUUAAGCAAUUUGCCUAAACAUUAUACAGAAAUGACUCGGGUUCGGAUAGUUGUAGAUGCUACAGAAUUCUUUUGCGAGAAACCGGGAAACUUGGAGGCUCAAUUUCUGACAUGGAGUGAAUACAAACACCAUAACACAUAUAAAGUUUUAAUUGGAGUUGCACCCAAUGGUCUAGUAACAUUUGUGUCCAGGGUUUGGGGAGGGCAUGCAUCAGAUAGACAUAUUGUGCAAAAAGAUGGUGACCUCUUCUUACCAAAGUUAGAACCUGGAGAUGUUAUUCUUGCAGACAAAGGCUUCACUGUUGGAGAUUUACUUCCUGCACAUAUAGGACUAAAUAUGCCACCAUUUGUAUCAUCUAGUUGUCAGAUGAGUGUACAGGAAUUCUUUAAAACUCAACAAAUAGCUGCUCCCAGGAUUGUUGUUGAAAUGAAAAUGGAGCAAAUCAAGAACUUCAAGAUAUUACAAUCUGUGCUACCACUUGCUGAAGUUCAUUUAGCUGAACAAAUAAUUAUGAUAUGUUGUGCCAUGACAAAUUUGUACGAACCCUUACUGAAGUGAAUUAUGCUGUUUGCAAUGUCCUGUAUUUAAGAUUUCUAGAUUACUACAUAUCAGAUCAUGUAAAA